CACGCGCGUCAUGAUCCCGGUCACGAGCGUCAUGAUCCCGGUCACGCGCGUCAUGAUCCCGGUCACGCGCGCCACGAUCACGGUCACGCGCGCCAUGAUUACGGUCACGCGCGUCGCGAUCACGGUGAUGCGCGUCGCGAUCACGGUGACGCGCGUCAUGCUCACGGUGACGCGCGUCAUGAUCACGGUGACGCGCGUCAUGAUCACGGUGCCGCGCGUCAUGAUCACGGCGACGCGUGUCCCCUUGGGGGCGGCCAUGGCCGCCGCAACAAUGAUCGUGAUCAUGAGGCCAACCUCGAGUCACUUCAGCAUAUGUUAGGUGCUGAAAACGGCCGGAAAAUUGUGUGUUUUGGCCGUAAUGGCGGUCGUUAUGAUGCGGGGAUCGGGAACGCGGAACCAUCUCGCGCUGCUGGCACUGUUUCCGUCCGCGCGGACGGACCUGGUGCCAUUCCUCGUCCUCCCACGCCGUCAUUUUUUGGAAAAUGCGUUAUUUUGGUCCUCGUAGGAGUGCUGGGACAUCCGGGGCCCCCCCAGCGCCGGAAUGUCCGAAUACCCAGGUAAGUAGCUGUACAAUGCAGGUAAGUAGGGUAAGUGGGAAUAAUAUGAUGUUGUUUUUGUUGUUUGUGUGUACACAAAUGGCCCAGGUGGGCCCACAAGGCAGAGCGCGAGCCGUGAGUGGACCAGAGGCACAGGCGGGUUAGGGUUGGGGUUGGGGUUAGGGUUAGGGUUAGGGUUAGGGUUAGGUUUAGAGUUAGGGUUAGGGUUAGGCAUAAAGAAAAAUAGUUGGUUAGGGUUAGGCAUAGAGAAAGAGAGUUGGUUAGGGUUAGGGCUAAGGGUGGGGGUGGGGCGAUAGAAAAGAGCGAAAAAAAAGAAUAAGAAGGGUGUGCACGGUCCGUCUAUGGCCCAGCGGGCUCGCACUCACGUCUCAUUGAGCCCCCCCGGGUGUCUAGUACCCAGUCUGUGGAUCCAGAGGCCUUCCGCCCGCCUCCGUUGGGCGGCACUCCAUCUGGAGUUGGCUUGGACCACACACGCCCGGACAGAAGCCCACCCGUGCCGGAUAAAGUGUUGGACAAGCGGCCGGAAGACCUUACCGCUGUGGCGAUUGACCAGCCAAGGGAUGUUCCGCAAGGGAGCGCUGCUCCGGGCCAAGGGCGGAUCUCCGGUGGAACUGAUCCGAGCCCUGACAAGCAGAUCACCCAGGCUGGGAUUUUUGCGGGGGAGGCUUCUUCUGGUCCAGGAAGCACCUGAACUGUCUCCUGAGGAAGGAUCUGGAAUACCCUCUCUUCCUCAGGGCCGUGAACAGGGCUCCCAUGGCCGUUACAAAGUCCUCCCGCCUGGUGCAGAUCCGGUGGAACCUCAGCAGCUGGGACUUCACCAAUCCCGCGUAGGUGUGUCGGGGGUGGAAGCUGGUUUUGUGGAGGAGGGCAUGGGUAUCCGUCUCUUUAAAAAACACCUUAAUGUCCAAAUGGUGAGUGGAGGUGAAAUCCGGACCCUUGAAGGUGGUAGUGUCCAGGAAGUCCACUGACGUGGGGCUGGUGGUGGACUUAAUGGUGAUACUGGGGUUGUGGGUAUUCAGGGUGUGGCGGAACCCCUCAAAUUCCUCCAUGGAAUGAGUCCACACCCCCCAGAUAUCAUCCAAAUACCUGAAAUAAUGGAGGGGCCUGAUUGCGCAGGCAGCAAUGGCAGAGGUCUCCCAUUCUGCCAUGAAAAUGUUAGCAUAGGCCGGAGCAAACUUUUUGCCCAUGGCCGUGCCCUUGAUCUGUAGAAAGAACCGGCCAUUGAACUCAAAGUCGUUCCUCCUGAGGUUGAUGUCGAGAAGCUGGAGGAGUUCCUUCUCGGGCCUGCUAACAUCUCGGUAUUUAUAAAAAAUGUUUUUGACGGCUUGGAUGCCCUGGUCAAUGUCAAUAUUCGUGUACAAACUAUCAAUAUCAAUGGUAAACAAGACUGCCUC